CAUAUUACAUUGUAAUACAUUAUUAGUAUUAAACUGCAAAAACAAACAUUAAUAGGAUGGCGGGCAGUAGUGGAGGCGACGGCAAGUUGUAUAAUUGGCGGUGGGUUGUGAUGAGGCGGCCGCUGGCUCGCUGAGUGAGAUAAGGAGUCCAUGUUAGUUCAAUCCUCUGCUGCCAUUACAUCAUCUUUUUUGUACGUGGAUGAUGAUGAUGAAAAUGUUGCUCCAAGGAAUUUGCAAACUCAAAAAUCGGCCAGUACUGGUUCAGCCAACAAUCCUGACGCCACACCUUCUUCUGCACAAAGGGAGACCCCGUCCUCCUCGCCCAGACAGCCGCUGCCCCUGAUACGGCCCGUCAAGAGGGCCAGGUGUUGGAGCGCGUGGAAAGCCCAGGAAUACAACGAGAGCCAAGACGUUCGGGCCGGGCGUCUAGACCACCGGCCCGACUUCGUGAUUACGUUUAAGAAUUUUAUUUAUGUUAUUUAAUUUCAUAUAUCGUUGUACUUUUAGAUUUUCUUUAGGAACCCCACUAAGUCACUAACACAUACCUCCAAAUUACUUUUCCUAUAAUAUCACCCUACCACCACCACCAUCAUCCUCAUACAUUAUCACCAUCAUCCAUCCAUCAUUCAUCCCCUCUCCUUUCUCUCCCUGUCGGCAGCAACUCAGGAGGAAGAAAACACAAAAAUACUCCAUUGUUGAGCCAAGAAAGGAGAAGGAGAAACAAGAAGAAGUAUCAAGGUUUCCAAAUCUUGAGUCCAAAACGCAGCAGCAACUUCAUCGUCAAUUCUGAACUUCCGGAGAUUAUUUCGAAGAAGUUUGGGCAUCGAAAGCUUGAAGUUGAUAGGGGUGACCGUACGUUGAACGUUCGUUGAGGCGUAUUAUUUUCUUUCCAUCAUUCCGACCUCUACGAUAUCAAGGUAAUAAUACUGAGCAUGGAGCCCAUCCCGGAGGUCAAUGAGAGUGACGAGAUGUACGGACUAGUGGACACAAUUUACUAUGCUUUAUUUUAAUAAACACCUUUUCGGGCGAGUUCCCAGAAAAUGUAAUAUGACUUGAUAUAUUUUAUAUUUAAGCUUCCGUACUGCUUUAACAUUACUCUGAAAUUUAAUAUCUGAGGUUUUCAUUAUAUUAAAGUUUAAUUGGUUUU